UCUACGCAGCUCUAGUGAAUGUUGGAAGCAUGGGCAUUGUCUAUUCAUAUAUCUUGGAGAUUGAAGAUUCUUUUUAUUUGAAAGAAAAUCGUACAAUGAUGUCUUGGAAGGAUGCUAAACCACAAUUGAAAACCCUCUUUGAAGAUAAAUGUAAUUCCCUACACAGUUUCGAGUUAUUUGUUUGUCCAUACCCACCAAUUGAAAAGAAGGGCGUCCCCGCGAGCGAUGAUCAGAUUCAAGUAGUGAUUAUCAAGCUAGAAAAAAGUGAUGGUCCUCCAGAAGGUACGAGACCGAACUUGCACUUUAUUCAACCAGAGUGGAUACGUCCAGCCUUUACCGACGCGUGCGAUAAAAAUCCAGAGAUCAUACCAUUAAUGAUAUGCUUGAUGAUGAAUGCAACCCAGUGCAAAGAUGUUGUGAUGGAUGCUUGCGAAGCACUUGAUCCCUUGUCUGGUCUAGCGGUUUCAGGGGAGGUCAGAGUCAGUGAGUGCGCAAUGAAAGUUGAAAGUGCAGAUGAUAUGAUAAAGAAAAUAGAUGAUGUAAUAGAAAUGUUUCAAUUAAUUUGAAAAAAGAAAGCAAAUCAACUAACAACAACACCAUUUGCUGUGCGAUUCUCAAAAGAAUCCAAAGCAUACAUGGCAAUGCAAUAUAAUCGUCCAAGUAUGAUGAUAAUAAGCAACAUACUAAAGGGUACACCAGAAGCAGAUGCCACAUUAAAAAAAUUCCGAGAUACCAUGAUGGAUAAACAUAAAGGUCGUCCUCAUUGGGGUAUGAUACAAGACAUGGAUAAAGGUAAACUGGGAAAACUUUAUGAAAAAUCAGCUAUCGAGAAUUUCAAAAAUGCUUUGAUUAAAUUUGAUCCUAAAUGGUUCUUCAGCAACAAAUUUACAGAAACAGUGUUUGGUCACGUGAAAAAGAAGUG